AUGACAGAAACACAGAAUUCGCAGGCAGAGGAAGAUCCACAAACAGAUCACAAUCAUCCACUUCAUCUACAGGCGUCAGAUGUUCCAGGAGCAGCUUUGAUUCCGAUUAAGCUCACUGGACCAGAGAACUAUGGAAUUUGGAGCAGAUCUAUGCGACUCGCACUACUAGUCAAAAACAAACUUGGAUUUGUGGAUGGCACUUGUGUGAAGUCUGCGUACAAAGGUAUUUUAGUCUCAAAAUGGGAAAGAUGUGAUGCUGUGGUUCUAUCGUGGAUCAGUGCUGCUGUAGCACCUGAAUUGAUGACGAGCAUUGUCUAUGCUGCAAGUUCGAAGAGGAUCUGGGAAGAUUUCAAGGAACGAUUUGACAAGUCGAAUUUAACCAGGAUUUUCUAUCUGUGGAAAGAAAUCGGCAUGUUAACUCAAGGUGUUACAGAAUGA